AUGACGACACUACCGAUUGUUGGCGACUCGGGCGCCGGCUCAGAAAAGCCCAGCAUCAACAAGAAGAUCUUGCUCAAUGCGUUCGACAUGUCCACCGUGGGACAUCUUUCCCCUGGACAAUGGAAGAACCCCACGGACAAGUCGGCGACAAAGCGAGAUCUGCAUUACUGGAUCGAGCUGGCCAAGCUCCUCGACAGGGGAGGCAUCAAUGCCUUGUUCCUGGCGGACACGUAUGGUGGGUACGACACCUAUGAGGGCAGCUUGGACAACUGUAUCCGUCGCGCGGCACAAUGGCCCGUGACUGAUCCGACCAUUCCCAUUUCCGCCAUGGCAGCUGUGACGAAGAACCUCUCUUUCGCCAUCACGGCAUCGACGUCUUUUGAACCUCCUUUUUUGCUUGCGAAGCGCUUGUCCAGCCUUGAUCACUUCACCAGGGGCCGCAUCGGAUGGAACAUUGUGACCUCCUGGAAGAAGUCCGCUUUCAAAGCCAUCGGUCUCGACAACCCUAUUCCGCAUGACGAGAGAUACGAACAAGCUGAUGAGUAUCUUCGGGUUCUUUAUAAACUAUGGGAAGGCUCUUGGGCAGACGACGCAGUGUCUCCCGACCCCGAAAACGACAGCUACGCAGACCCCGACAAGAUCCGAACCAUCCACCACCACGGCAAGUUCUUCGACCUGGACACCAGACACAUCGUCGACCCCUCCCCGCAGAGGACACCCUUCCUUUUCCAGGCCGGAACCUCGUCCGCCGGGUCAACCUACGCCGCGACGCACGCCGAAGGCGUCUUCGUGUCGGCGCACUCCCCCGCGCUCCUCCGGCCCAAGAUCAAGGCCAUCCGGGACCAGGCCGCCCGCCUGGGGCGCGACCCGCAGUCCAUCAAGCUCUUCGCCACCUUCACGCCCAUCCUGGGCAGGACGGACGGGGAGGCCAAGGCCAAGCACGAGGCGCUGAAGAAGCACGCCUCCACCGUCGGCGGGCUCGUCCUCGUCAGCGGCUGGACCGGCAUCGACUUGUCCAAGAUCCCGCUCGACCAGGAGAUCACGGCGGCGGACUCGACCGAGGCGAAUAAGGUGCGCAGCAUUCUGGACGCUUUCACCUCUACGAGCGAGGAUGCGGUGAAGUGGACGCCGCGGCUCAUUGCCGAGCAUGCUGCCAUUGGAGGUCUGGGUCCCGUCUGUGUUGGUAGCCCCCAGACUGUGGCUGAUGCGUUGGAGUACUGGGUCCGGGAGGGUGACUUGGACGGGUUCAAUAUUGGAUACGUCACCACCCUUGGCACGUUUGAGGAUGUUGUUGAUCUACUCGUACCUGAGUUGCGCCGGCGGGGCUUGUAUGCUGAGCAGCCGGCUGAGGGGGAGACUUCCACGGCACGGGAGAAGGUUUACGGGAAGGGUCAACAGGGGCUACGGAGCGACCAUCCGGGGUCCAAGUACAAGUAUGGUGUGUACGAGGAAGCGGAUUCUAAGCCGCCCAACGGCGAUGUCUCCAAGUAG